CUCCUGCGCGUGUCCUACCCGUCUUAUAUCUUCCCUGCGUAAACCCCCCACCCCACACCUCCAAUUAAGCCUCUGUCGCACUGGAGGUCGAGCUGAACCUGAUGGAGGGCAUCGACGAACAGCCCACGGCCGGAGAGCUGGUGGUAUCGAGAGAGGACAGGCAGCGGACGCGGAACAGACUGGCCCAGCGAAGACACCGUGAACGUGAGCACACACCGAGCUCCUCCUGCCUGCUCCCCUCCCCCCCCUGGGGAGUCAUGUAG